CUUUUUUGUUUUUAUUAUUUAUUAAACAUAGGAUUUUGCAUCAAAAAAAUUUCUUUUCAAUUCUAAUUUCUUCUCAGUUAUGGAAGAUAAUCAAGGUCAAUUUCUCAAUAGUCCAGGCCACCAUGGCACUGAGAGAAGUGAACCAGUGAGGUCAAGGUGGACUCCAAAACCUGAGCAAAUCUUGAUACUUGAAUCCAUUUUUAAUAGUGGAAUGGUGAAUCCACCCAAGGAUGAAACUGUGAGAAUAAGGAAACUUCUUGAGAAGUUUGGUUCUGUUGGGGAUGCCAAUGUUUUCUACUGGUUUCAAAACCGACGGUCAAGAUCUCGUCGACGGCAACGCCAGAUGCAAGCUUCUCUGGCUGAAGCUCAAAGAAAUCAACAAGCUCAAGCUAGUGGUGGUGUAAUUCAAUACGAAGGUGGUUCUGGUGGUAGCAGUGGUGGCAGUUCUUCCCUCAUGGGGUUCGCAAAUUCUUCUUCAUUUGCUGUGUCUCCUUAUCAUGUGGGUUCCUCUUCUUCCUGUGGAAUUUUUGGACAUGAAGAUGGUGUAGCCAAUUUGUUUCCAAUGCCUAAUCAAAUGGGUUUUCAAGAAAUCGAGCACGGUUCUAGUAUAUCUUCAAUUUUAUCCCCAUCAGAAACAUCAAAUUUUGGAGGGUUCAUCACAGUUUUUAUUAAUGGAGUUCCGACAGAAGUUCCAAGAGGGCCAUUGGACAUGAAAGCAAUGUUUGGUCAAGAUGUAAUGUUGGUUCAUUCCUCUGGUGUGAUUUUGCCUUCUAAUGAAUAUGGGUUUUUAAUGGAAAGUUUACAGCAUGGUGAAAGCUACUUCCUGGUUUCAAGACCAACAUAAAUUGGUGUCAAAGCUGCAUAAAGAAAUGGGAGCUUCCUCUUCGUUGGUUUGCAGCAUAUGUUAGGGCACUUAUGAAAAUAUAUAUAUAUAAAAAGGUAAAAAAAAAAAAAAAAAGUGCAAUGGAUUUUCUGUUUUGAAUUGUUUGUGGUUCUUCUCUCUUGUUAAUUUCAGAGGAAGCUUCCCAAGCUGCGCAGUAUAAUUUACAGAAACCAUGUGUCAGAAAAGACAAUCUGUCGCCGACUGGUUUAAAUCAUUAGAUAUAUUAGUAAAAAAAAGCCUAGAAAAAUACUUUUCAUACUUUACCUUGCUUUGCUGAUUUCCUCUUCUGGGCUUCCCAAAAAAAAGUUGUGUAUUUAAUUAUUGUAAUACUACUGUCUAUCAGUAACAAUGUACCAUCCUUGUGAGUGUUCAAAUCAAUCUGCUUG